AACGAGCGCGUGAAAUUUGCUAAAAGGCCCCCCACGUUUAUAAAGCGGAGCCCCCCAGCCUGUAUUCCUCCCCGCACGAAUUCGAAUCCGCGGGAGGUGGAGGAGACCGGCGGGUGAUUCGGCUCCCGUCUCGGCCGAUGGCGUCGCUGUUCGGCAACGGCGGCUACAGCUACUCCUCGGGGUCGUCUGAUGGGGAGGACGAGGACGAGGGGACGGAGGGGUACCGGAAGGGCGGGUACCACGCGGCCCGGCCCGGGGACCGCUUCGCCGGCGGGAGGUUCGUCGCGCAGCGGAAGCUAGGCUGGGGCAACUUCUCCACCGUCUGGCUCGCCUACGACACCCUCCACAGCAAAUUUGUGGCCCUCAAGAUCCAGAAGAGCGCGAGGGAUUACGCGCACGCAGCUCUCCACGAGAUCGAGCUACUGUCGGCUUUAGCCCAAGGAGACCCGACGAAUUCCAAGUGCGUCGUGCGGUUGUUAGACCAUUUCAAGCACGUUGGCCCCAACGGGCAGCACGUCUGCCUGGUCACCGAGUUCCUCGGCGACAGCCUGCUCCGGCUGAUACGGUACAACCGGAACAAGGGCAUUGGGCUGAGCAGAGUGAAGGAAAUCUGCCGAUCUUUGCUGGUCGGCCUUGACUACCUGCAUAGUGAGCUCGGCAUCAUUCACACGGAUUUGAAACCAGAGAAUGUUCUUCUGGUUUCGACAAUUAAUCCGGCCAAGGAUCCUGUGCGCUCGGGGUUCACCCCAAUUCUUGAUCGGCCUGUGGGGAGCCAGUACGGUGGGACAGUGAUCAGUUUCAGUGAGAAGAUGCUAAAAAUGAGAGCAAGACGUGCCGUGGCAAAGAUUUCACAGAGGCGGGUUUCGCUUGGUGGGUUUGCGGCUGAAGUAGAGAAGGAGAGGAACCUUGAUGGGAUUAGCUUGAAGUGCAAGAUCGUCGAUUUUGGGAACGCCUGCUGGGGCGAUCAGCAGCUUGCUGGUGAAAUACAGACAAGGCAGUACAGAGCUCCGGAGGUUAUCAUCGGUUCAGGGUACUCGUAUUCUGCUGACAUGUGGUCGUUUGCUUGCAUAGCCUUUGAGCUUGCCACCGGUGAUUUGUUGUUUGCUCCCAAGAAUUGCGAGGGAUGCAGCGAAGAUGAGGACCACUUGGCUCUGAUGAUGGAAACUCUAGGAAAGAUGCCUCGGAAGAUUGCUACCUCAGGAACUCGUUCCAAGGAUUACUUUGAUCGGCACGGUGAUUUAAAGAGGAUCCGGAGACUGAAGUUCUGGCCCCUGGACUGUGUACUUGUUGAAAGGUACAAUUUCACUGAAACUGACGCCCAAGGGUUUGCUGAUUUUCUUCGGCCAAUACUAGAUUUUACACCGGAGGACAGGCCUUCUGCUGCGCAGUGCUUGAAACACCCAUGGCUUAAUUGAUCUGAUGAGAUCAGGAAGUCUAACCAAUAGAAGUUUAUACAUACCAAGUAUGCUCGCGAUCGAGGACUCUUUGUGACCGGGACUGCAGAUAUCCACAGACUUUAACGUAACAUAGCCGUGAAGUCAGGAACUAUGUUUUUUUGGUGCAGCUUGAUGAGGCAUGAUGCUUCAGCUUCUUUCUUCGUGGUAUCAGGUGUUCUGAUGUAUCAGGUGUUCCACUAGUGUGUUUCAGGUGCAGAGCUAAUGCGAUGUUAACCUGCGUGUGUUAGUAGGGCCAAAUAUUGGUGUAAGAUUAUUAUUUGGUAAUGUGAUCUGGCCAACAACCUUUUCCUUUAGCUGAGAAGAUGCAGUGCGGUGCAGUGUAGUGCUUCUUCAA